AUGAAGUCACUGGGCUCUCUCAAGAGGGAAGUGAGACCCUGGACCGCCCCUCCCCCUCGCACUCCCCCUCCCGUGAGAACCUUAAGGCCCUGCAAGGGGGCGGGUCUCUGUCUUCACUCUUCCCCUCUCCUCUCCACCCAGAUACCAGUUCCUCUUCCCGCUGCUGAGUCACUGGUGCAGAGCCAGAGGAACGCCAGGGACCCCAGAAGCACCGCGGAGUGUGCUGUCCGCUGCACCUGGUAUCCAGGUGCGCCAGGACGCAGCCCCUGGGUGCUGUGGCUUUUCCAGGAUCGCCGAGGCAAAAGCGUGGCAGUGGGACCCAAAAGGUUGCUUGAAUGGGGGGCGCCCGCAAGUGCAGCUCCAACAGGAGCCGUGAGGACCAAGACGCUGCCAGCAGCUACUCCAAUGGCGAUGGCGGCGGUGACAGUCGCAGGUGCAGCGCGGACGCCUGGGCUCUUGCAAGGCUGAGCUGACGCCGCAGCGGGCGCGUCAUGUCCCACGACCUUGAAGCCGUCGGGGACAGCCGGAACAGAGCCCGGUGCAGCGUGGAGGCCUCGGGGAGCCCCUCGGGCAGGGCGGCCCGGGGGAUGCGCAGGUGCAGGUGGCCGCCAGACCCCAGCUGCACUGUGGGAAGACAGAUAGAGAAGCUGGUCACCCACAGGUCAAGCUGGAUCCCACCUCGGCGCCUUUGCACAAGUUAUUUCCCCUACCAAGAGCAUUUUUCCCCUCCAGGCACGGCGGCUCACGCCUGUAAUCCCAGCACUUUGGGAGG